AUGGCAGCACCAGUGCAGCUGGCAUCUUUCAGCGUGGCUUUCAUCUCCACCCUUCUCCUGGUUGCAGCCACUUGGACUGAUUGCUGGAUGGUGAAUGCUGAUGACAGCGUAGAGGUCAGCCACAGGUGUCGAGGGCUUUGGAGGGAGUGCAUCAGCAACUUGAAGGACGGCAUCAGGACCUGUGACCUGUAUGAUUCCAUUUUAGCAGAACAUCCCCUGAAAAUCGUGGUGACUCGGGCCUUGAUGAUUACAGCAGACAUCCUGUCGGGCUUUGCCUUGGCUCUGCUGGUGUUGGGUCUCGACUGUGUCAAGUUCCUUCCAGACGAGCUGUCAAUCAAGCAGAAGAUGCGCUAUUCAUCCGGAUUGGUGCUUGGAUUCGGAAGUGUCCUCGGUCUUGCGGGCUCGAUAUGGUAUGCCAUUGAUGUCUACCUGGAGAGGGUCAGGUUCCAUAGUGUGUUUUUGGGAAUCCAUUAUGACUUCGGCUGGUCCUGCUGGCUAGGAAUGGCAGGGUCCACAGGAAAUCUCCUGGCAUCCGUCUUACUGACUCGCUGCCUUUGUGCCACCACAGCAGAUGCAACUUCUACCCGGAGACUUCAAGGGCUCAUGUUCCGUUCCCGGGCGGCCACCUGCAAGAUGUAUGCUGUCGCUUCUCAAGUGUGA